CAUACGUUUAGUACAUGUUCAAUAAACUAUUACUCUAAAUAAAAUUAUAAAAUACUCUUUAAAACAAUGGGUAAAAAGAAGGAAAGCUACAACGAACGAGCAGAUGGUGAUGGCCAGAAUUUCUUCCACAAAAAGCACAAAAAACAUAAAAAACACAAAAAGAGUAAAACACAAUCUCAAGUCUACGAUUCCUCAUACGAUUUCGUACCAGAUGAAGUAGAACAAACUGUUGAAGUUAUGGAAGAAGUAGAAUAUAUGGAAGCAGAUAUAGAACCAGAGAUUAUAUCAGAAAUUGAAGCCGAGGCUCCUACUUCUCCUAAUGUUUCUGCAGCAUCAUCUUCGAUAGUUCCACUAACUCCUUCCUCAGGAAAUUCACUAACAAAGAUUUCAUUUCAUGGAAAAAAUACAUCAUUAACAAAAUCUGCCAAAAAGAAGAAAGGGAAGGGAAAAGAUAGUGGAACAUCUAGCGAAGAAGAACGCUGGUUGGACGCUAUAGAGUCGGGCAAAUUAGAGGAAGUAGAUGAUGAGUUAAAAAAGAUUAAACCGAAAGAUCCUAAACUAAUGACCGCGCGACAAAGAGCUAUGUAUGAACGCAAUUCGGAUAAGGAUACUAUGGCUCCGGGUGGUGAACUGUUGAUGGCCUUGCCAACUGGUUAUAAAGAAAAAGUUCUAACAGCAGAAGCCAUACAAAAGGCACAAUUAAAAUCUCAAAAACGCAAACAAAUGGCUGACGAGAAACGGGAAAAGGAUAAGAAAAAAACGAUGGAACGUUUGCUUAAGAAACAAGACUCCAAAUCAGUAAAAGCCAUUAAAAACAGACCAGUGAAAGCUCAACAUCCAGUGAUCACUUAUAUCAACACGGUUGAAGGUAGUACUAUUUCACUUCCACCGAAUGUUAAUUUUCCGUUAGAACCGCGAACAGAAAAAAAGGUACCCAAACCGAUUUUAUGUGGUAUCCCGAAUUGUAACAAUAUUAAACGUUAUAACUGUUCAAAAACUAAUAUUCCACUAUGCAGCUACCGCUGUUAUAAAAUGAAUGUCGACUCAAUAAAACAAAUAAUUUGCUAGUUAUAUUUAAAAUGUAUUAUUCAUUGUGUUUUGUUUAAAA